AUGGUCCUGGAUUCUCGAAUUUCCCACGUGGGGUGUGGGUGGUAUCGCCGGCCCGAUGGAUGUGCUUCCCGCCGCUGGUCACAGAAGCAAAUAUUGGAAAGUUGUCGUAACAGUUCUGCGUCCAGCAGCCCGGAUCGCCUGCAAAGGCAUUCAUCCUUUUACCCGGAGUACCCUCUCUCUCAACUCGAUCGCGUCAUGUGUCAAGAACCCUUGGAUGUCUCGCUGCACCCAAUAGGUAGGCCACUGGCCGCGCAAGUCAGACGGAGCAACAGCAGCAGUGCCGUGGCCAUGUCUGGCAAACUUUCUUGGCGUGCGGAGGGUGUUCCGAGAAUUUCUGUGCCUGGGCUAGCGCGAGGGGGAGAAAGUGGGCAUCCGCCUGCGCCAUCACCAAGGUUUCCUCGCGGUCGCAUAUGGGCGCGGGGUUAG